AUGAAACCCACUUCACAGCUGUAUAAAACAGCAGCAGCGUCUGUGAAAUUAUCUCCGGCGCUGAAGACUCUAGUGAAUCUGCCCAGUGCAUUGCCCUCGUCUAUACCCGCACCAUCCCAGCAAGUGACCACCAAGUUAUUCGACAGUAUACGAUCGAAUGCACCUUCAGACUUGUCCAGACAUGCAUGGCUGACAGUUGGUACAGCUGCUCUGCUUACUGUCAACUCGCCUGAGGCUAUAUGUCAGCUGUGGGACUAUGCAGGGAGGAACAAGGAGGAUGCGGGUGUAAUGAGAGAAGUAGGACUAAAAUGUAUCUCUUUCAAUGGGAUACCACGGACGAUCAAUGGACUAGGAGCAUUGAGAGAACAUUUGCCGGAGGAUGUGAAGCAGGCGUUGGAUACCAAGGCUUACAGACAACCUGAUGAAUCGAACGUUACUAGGAUAACCAAGCAGAGUAGAGAACUAUGGGACGCAAUCUACGCACCGUUCCAUGAGAAACUACUCGACAAACUCGCAGCGUCUCAUCCAGAUCUACCCGUACACAUCCUCAACUCGCACUAUGGAGCGUUACUCUCUGAUCCACCCAAUCUACCAUCUCCGAGAAUCGGCAGAGUACUCACUUCAGUCAUCGCCAUCACCUGUCUCAGAGCUCAGAGGGGGGUCGGUCCACAAUUGACUUCUCAUGUGUUUGGCCUGAAGAAAGCUGGGUUGGAGGAGGAUGCCCCGAGGGAGAUUGCAGGUGGAGAGUGGUUGUGUAGCGAUGAAGGUGCGACGUGGGUGAUAGAGAGCACAGAUAGAGUCAGUGAGGUGGUCACGGGGGGUAGGAUAACUUUUGGUGGGCCAGGGGAGUGA